CGAACCGCAGACGACCCGUACGCAAAACUCGGUCGUAGUUAGCCGUGUUUGAAGGAUCGGUCGGAAAAGGGGCCAUAUCACGCGACGACGUAUAAGCCCCCGUAGUGACAGCCUCGCGUAUACGACGUCGCGUUCCGGUCGUCCGCCAUCGAGAGGAAACGUGCUACAACCUUUAAACACACACGUUGAGGAAAACGUACCACGUCGUCUCGAGCAAACACGACACGGUGUAUAAGAGGUACAUCGUUCAGGAUUGGCGUGCCUAAUCGACGACUAAUUGGGAGAUAAUAUGUGAUCAGUGCGACACCGAUACCACGGUGGUGUAUCCGUAUAAGAGGCAUUGUGCGUGACAAACGAAAGAGAAAAAAAAACGUCGAGGGUGAUAAAGAAUCGUACUAUGCACGAGGUCUGGUAGCAUCGAGUCAAGGAGGAUGAACAGAGUGAUGACGGAGGGUUAGGAGUGAGAGGGUGCACCGAUCUUUGGUGUGCUGGUUGUUUUGAGAUGUCAGUGGACCCGUCGAAGGCAACUGCGUCGUCGUUCUCGUCGUCGUCGUCGUCGUCGUCACUGUCUUCGUCAUCAUGAGGAGAUCCUCUUACGUGAAUUACUACGUCCUGUGCCUCGUGUGCUGGAUUCUCCUAGGCAUCACCGGGGUGAGCACAAGAUCCCAUUCGUUAGUGAAGAGGUUCGACGGGAUUUACACGGGGCCGUACUUCGAUUCAAACACCCCCACGAACAUCACGGCUCAACUGGGAAGUCAUGCUUACUUGCCGUGCAAAGUGCGACAGCUUGGUAAUAAAUCGGUGUCGUGGAUCAGAAGAAGGGACUCGCAUAUCCUCUCGGUAGAUAGAACAAUGUUUAUCCCGGACGAAAGGUUCCAGGCGCUUUUCGUAGACGCGUCGGACACCUGGACCCUGCAGGUUAAGUACGUGCAGGCACGUGACGAAGGCGAGUACGAGUGCCAAAUCUCGACCGAUCCGAAGAAGAGUCACAUCAUCAAGCUCAACAUCGUCGUGCCAAAGAUCGAAAUCAUAGGCGAUCGUGACAUGUACGUGAAGACCGGAAGCACAGUUGCCAUACGGUGCGUGAUCAAGCAGUCCCUUGAGGGUCCUUUCUAUGUUUUCUGGUACCACGAGGGUGAUCGCGUUCUGGAUUACCAAUUAAACAAAAUCGACAUCCAAACGAAGAGAAUCGAUCACGACACGGUCAGCAGUCUCGUGAUCCAUAAAGCGAGGCGGGAAGACUCGGGCAAUUACACCUGCAGUCCGAGUAGUUUGGACAGCGCGAGCGUGCAGCUUCACGUGUUAAAUGGCGAGCAUCCUGCCGCGAUUCAAAGAGGGAUCAGCUCGGCACCGGGUGGCUGUCCGACGCUAUGGUGGCUGGCGGGCGUCGUGACGCUGUAUUCGAGUCACGGCAGUCGCCUAUUCGUCCUCGCCCUUUUGAUCCUCAUGGUCCUUUAUUCGAAGAAUCCAUCUUACUUCGCGCCGGAACGAUAAUCAGAAACGAUAUGAGAGGACUAUGUCGAAAAAUGAUCGAUUAUCUCCUGCUACGAGACCUGGAAGGCGCCUCGAGGAACGUUCCAGCGACAAGAGACGAGAGAAAGUGUACGUGCGAGGCUUCUUCGGAAAGACUUCGUGACCCGAUGAACGAUGGAAGGAGAGAAGUUGAUCGAAGGACGCGAGCAACCGCGAGAAGAGAACCACGACAAGAAAAUAACACGAACGAUUCGACGUAAUAAUCUACGUCAUUUUGGCAAGCUGCUAUAUCGUUUUACUUUCGAAGAGACAUGGAAGCCAAAGAAGAUCUUAAAAUUCUCAGUCAGCUAGUAAAAUAGUCGAUUUUUAUUGUCGGUCACACAUAACUGACGGGUUUCCUUUCUCUAAGCGAUUAACCAACAAAUGAUCGUACAGCGAAAACUACUGUGUUUCGAGGGAGAAAUCUUCACAACGAAGGAUCGAGUCCGCUUUCCGAACGACUCGAUCGUGAUCACGGUCGUGCGCGAUCGAGACAUCCGUGAACGUGACAAUCGUCGAUCGCGGGUGUCCCAACGACGAUUUUACUCUGUGUACGAGGGAAGCUCGAAGGUGUAAGGGCGAGAAGGAACGCGUUUAGCAUGUCGAGAUAGUAUGAUCCGGCCGUUAGCAAUUAGAGGUUAAUUAAUCUCGGGGGAGUACCCGUGAAUUCGGCGCGAGUUCUUCACGCGGUCGAAAAGUGGUUACUUGGUCGCGGUAGGAAAAUGAACGACACGAAGCUUGCGAAUUACCCUUCCUCUCCUUCAAAAGCGGGACGAGAAGACGAAUUUUUUAUAGGAAUUAUAUAUAAAUACACGAUCUUCCAAGUAUUUCAAACACGCGCGAUAUAGAAACCUUUUAUACCCUCAAGUUUUACGCAACUCUAUCGUUCUAAACAAUCAUUCUAACUAAUCGCUAAACAUCAUAUGUGAUCAUUGUACAUAUUUGCCUAAACGAAAUGCCAUUGUGAGAAUGGAUCGUGUAAAACCCCCCUGUAGCUGAAAACAAACGACGACUAAGACGUAAGUUUGAGAGACGAGUUUCACCCUUCUUAUUCAUUAUCCGUCAUUGUCAGAGGUGUUUCGCGAUCUUCGUGUCAUUCUCGCGGGAAGCCAAACAGUAACGAAGUCUUCGUGAUCGAUCGCGAGAUUCUGUCGGGAGGGUUUCGUAGUUUCUUUCACAUCGAGAUUAACUCGACGACGAACGAGUGUGACUUUGCCAGAAAGAAAAGGGAAAUGAGGUUGGAUAUAGAUCGACGAGAUGGGGUUGGGAGGGUUGAAAGAAGGGGGGCGGUAACAAAAAAGUAAAAUACGCGCAAGGUAAUCGUAGAAUCCCGACAGAGAACUUCGUCCGCGCCGCUCGAUAGAAUUGAAACUUGUUCGAUGAAAUUUUUAAAAGCGAUGUGAUUAAUUAUAUUCGACUAGAGAGACGAUUAGCGAAAUGUGUCUAUACUCGACCGUGUACCGCAUGCACUCGGGAUCGUCUCGAGAGAAAGAGAUGCAUCUCGACGAUCGUCUCCGAUAGACGGUCCGUCGAAAUCGUCCGACAGCAUGAGGUACGAAUAAUUUCCUCGUUUUUCCUAAUCCUUUUUCUAAGCUACGAGGAUGUUUUACGGCCAUUCUAUACAUCGAACAAGAAGCGUAAUUAAUAAGAAUAUGGAAGCUUCUCUAUGUAACUCGAAACGCAAUAGGGUAACGUUACGAUUGCCAAUUAUCAGUCGAAAUUAAAUGAGAUUUGCAGAAGCUGAAAAAUGAUAAAGAAUUGCGGUAUUAGAAUUAUUAAAAUUACGCUUGUUUCUUUAUCUCUCAAGUCGAUGUACUGAAAAGUUUCUCCGAAAGAUCAAACGAAUAGGAAUUGCUUAGUUUUAAAAAUCGCUUGUGAUUCUAUAUCGUAACUUUAUAUGUAAUUUACUUAAAGAUGUAGAGUUAAGAUCAUUUUCACUAAUUGGGAAGAAGCCAUUAAUCGCAUUAAGAAUCCAUUUAUAUCAUACAACGAGAUCGACUCUUCUUUCUCAUAGUUGCUGAAUAUUUUUACACGAACCUAAAAUCGUUUGAUGUUUGAUGACUGAAAAGGUAACUCUUGUCCUUGUCAUAUUUAUCGAUUCCAAUCGACGAAAAAUAUCACUGCCUGCAUUAUUCAAAAGUGUUCUAUUCUAAAAUACGUUCAACGAGAUUGAUUCUAUAAAUAAUAUCGCUGGCCGUUUUUCUCAAAGAAAACCGAAUAAAAAGAGAGGACGUAAAUGGAACGUACCGAUUGCUUCGAGACGAUCCACGGUGACAAAUUUUGGUACUUGAAGCGCAUUGAGUAUAAACACAAGCCAAUAAAAAAGUGUUAUAUAUCCGUGCAUGCGUGUCAAGUUUCGUAACGGAAUGGGUCGCACGAGAAAAAUAAGAUUACCAAUAAUUACUACCGAAUAAACGCUACCACGUAAAACGUACAUACGCUACAUGUUCACUAUACAAGCUCCAACGCGACAUUCAAAUAUUAAAAAUAGUAUAAACGAUUUCUUUCGCCUUUUUUAUUAAUUCUUAAAAUUCUUUAUAAAUAUUUGAAUCGAAGGGUUGCCAUUGUUGAUCGAUAAAGGUACCCACAAAUAUGAGAAAACUCGUAAUUUGCAUAUUCUAAUCUGCUUCGAAAUAUAUUUGAUACGAAAUAACGAGGAUGAUCGCUAUAACUAACAAAGACCCAGACCGUUUUCUCAUUCUGCAUGUUCGGCUGUAUAAACAUACGGACGGACAGCUUUUUGGGUCGCCUGAGGCGUCCUAUAAAUUUGCUUUCUUCUCGCAAGCAUUAGGAAGUACUGUUUUUUAUAUUAUAUAUAAAGAUAUAUAUAAAUAUAUAUAUACAAACGAACAGAUAGAUAUAUAUAUGUAUAUGUGUGUACGCGCGAGAAUACGUUGCACAACGGUGUUAAAAUAUUGAACAAGUUUCAGCUCGAACUAGAAAAGAGUGGCGCAAUAAAUAACACGGGAGAAAUAGCGAGAAGAUACAACGUGGGAUUAAAGUUAGGAGAAAAAAAUAAAAACGUUUUGUGGGGAAUAUAAUCGGAAAUAACUGUGAAUAAUAACCGUGAAGAAAAUGAAAGAAAUCUAAGGUUUUGGGGGGAGAGAGUGAGUCGAAGAGUAGAUGGCACUGGAAAGCAGGAUAGGAGAUUAGUCGAACGAGACGAACGAUACGUUAGAAUAUCUACGAUUCAUGUGAUUGUAAAUACAUAGUAUAUAAAUAACAUUACGUUAAUUAACGAUAUGCCGUACGUGUUACAUUAAAGAAACAAACAAGAAAAAAAAAUAAAUAACGUUACUGUGUAAUUUUUCGGAUCGUAAACGCAUUCGAAUGGGUCUGGCCGCCCGUGCUAACCGGCUCGUUCAGAUCGUCUUUGAAGGCAACAGCUGAUUGUGAGAGCUACAUAGAAUUCACGAUCGAGAAUUCUCGUACCGUUCGAUUCUCUUAAAUUACGCGGAUUUUGUAAUAGAUCGAUUGUCGCACCAUCAUCGACUUCUGUUUAUUACCUCGAUCGAUAACCCUUGAACAUUUAUGUACAAUUUCCACGAACUCAUUAGAAUUUAUUGCAUAACAUGCUCAAGAAAUCCUCGAUUAAGCGAAGACGCUUGCAAAAAUAAAUAUAGCAAAACAGGAUGAAAACGAAGUAAGAAAGAAGAAAGAAAUUAACGGACGACAGUGCAGAGACAGGAAAGAUAGAAGGAGAGGAAUAGAGGGUAGCACCGUCGCGCAUGCUUUUUCUGGCACAUCGGUGCAUCGAGCAACAAAAAAGAAGCGCAACUGUGUGCAGUAGCGUUUCUGGAUAGCACGGGCCGGCCACACGCGACUAGAUGUAACACUAAUUAACGCCUAGCGUAAGAACUAACGGAUAUAAAUGAAGGAUUAUAUUAUCUGACAUAAUAUAACCAGGUGUGGACGUACACGUGUAUAAUUGAAUUUUUCGCGGUAAUUGGUGACAGUACGUGCAUGAAAAAUUACACGCGUGUCAUAUAUGAGUGCAAAGAAACGAAUGAAAAAUUGGAGGCAAGAGAGAGCGUGUAUGUGUGCGUGUGCGUGCGUGCGCACGUGAGUGUAUGGGUGGGUGUGUACAUGCGAACAAAGAAGGAACGAAAGGAAAUGAAAGUGAAGGAGAGAAUGAGAGAAAGAGAGAAAAAAGAGCGUGAAUGGGUAAGUAAAAGAAAAAGAAAUGCAUACACACGCAAGAAGUAAAAAAAGGGUUGUUCGUUGGACUGACGCGCUAAGGCGUUGGUCGAAUGACGCACUUUAAGAUAAAAAGGGACGACCGGGAACAAUCCUUCUUGUAACGUUUCUUCCCUUUCUUCUUCCCGCGCCUCGCGAGGCUGCUCGUGACGAAAGAUAAAAAGAAAGGGCUAAAGAUAGGGCUUACCUCGAGGCCACAAUUAAAGCUUGCCAGCUUCCUGCACCCUUUUUCUUCUUACAACAGCCGAGGCCUCCCCUUGCCAGGUGGAAGAAGGAAGUUGUAAUUUCCACGCUCGUCCUCGUCGCCCCUUUAUUAUAAUGUUGCUAACAAAGAGGAGACGAGAGAGAUAAAAAUGAUGAUGAUGACGCUGGUGGUGAUUAUAUUAAUGAUGAUUUAAAUAAAAACGUUGUCUAAGGUAUACUAACGUCGUAGGCAGCAUUGAAUUUUUGUACCAUUGUCUAUAGUAGCUCUUAAGUGUCGCGAAUUUUUCUGUUCUUAAGAUGCUCGCCUUUGUAGGCUUGAGUACGUAUACAUACUUAUGUAUUCUCGGUUUUGUCGAUGGCUCGCUGGGCGGAUAUUGAUCUUCAUUCCUAGUGACGUCAAUCGAGAUUUUAAGUCGAUUACUUGUGUCAAAUAUUUAUUCUGAAAUCAAAUUUAUAUCAGUGGUUCUUUGAUUAAAAUAUAACCUAAAAUUGAUUUAUAACAUUCUGAUAUAUUAAAUUGAAAUACGAAUGUUUUGAUUUUUCUAUUUUAUUUCAAAUAUAUACUUCUUUACAAUCAAGAAGAUAGAAAUGUAGACGAAAGUAUUAAUAGAGAACCAUUGAUAGACGUAUAAGCAAGAUUUAUUACUGCCAAUCUAUAGUUCAUUAAUUUAAUGUUUGCUUCACAAUUCUUUCUGAAUUAUAUAAUGUUGAAGAAAGUUAAUUUUUCUUUGGAUAAAAAAUAAUUAUACUAUCUUUAUAAUAAAAAAUCAACUAUAUGUAUCAAAUCCGCCUCAGCGACAAAUACGUACCCGUUCCCGAGAGUCGCGGUACGCGAAUAUCGAAAGAUCCUUUUUCGUGUGAUGAUUGACCGUCCUGACAGUUCGUCGAUGUGCUCUUACGCGUAGAUAUUCAAAGUUAGUUUUUUCGAUAGUAAGUAAUACGAGUAACAGAUGGCGAUGCGAUUCUACCGAAAAUAAAUCGGAACCAACGAGCCGGAAGUCAGUUUCGCAUGUGAAAUAAUUGCCGAUUCGAUUAUUAAAAGAAGAAAAGGAUAAACAUUAAAAAUAAUGCUGUUAGUGCGUUAUACGAUAAAAGUCGUGAUCAAUGGUGGAAACUGGAUUACCGGUAAGACAAUUUCAUAAAAAAAUAAAUUUUGUCAAAAGAACAUUGUAUACUGAUGCGGCGUGAACUAAUUCCCUGCAAAAUAGUGAAUAGGUUAUUGAUUUCGUGAAGUGAAGAGUGUGCAUGAAUGAUUAUUGUGAUUUUAACCCUCUACCGCUUAUUAUUAGUAAAAUAUGCUAUAGUUAUUUGCGACGAUAUCUUGACGUCUUGUAAAUAAUUUUUAAAACGAAACGUAUUGUAGGAAAAUUCUAUAUAAUCAUAUAUCUAUUUGAUAUCUAACAAUGUGAUUAUAUUUUUCUUGAUUUCAUCCGUAUUAAUUUUAAUUUUCUUUCUAUCUUAACACACCUACGUCUGUCACAAAUCUAUCAUUUCACUUAUAUGUACAUAAUUGUUUUACUUUCCACACUAUUCCAUUGUGUUUAUAUCUUUCGUAUGUAGUAAUUGAUUCUGUAUAUAGAUGAACUGUAAAUGAGGCAAAAAAUAAUGUUAGCUGUAGAGGGUUAGAAAUAAAUAAAAGGUAUACAGUCGUCGAUCGAAACCCUCGGGACGGAGAAGAUUUUAUCAAUCCCUCAUUAUCGGCGAUAUAUUAAUAUACGACUCGUCGCGCUUUCCUUGUUACACGACUAAUAAAUAGGUAGCCAUUGAGGCUCCUGACUACUCAUUGAUAUCCGCGGUUCUUCGUUCGUCAAUAUUACACAACGAAGUUUCAACAAACUUGCAAGAUAAAAGAAUGACUUCUGUUCGAUGGAAAAAGUGAAAGAUUUAAUUUAUCAGGAGUCUCGAUCGCGGCAGGAGAAGAUCAAUCUAUCAUGAACGUGUUCAGUUUUCAGAGAAACCUCCCAUAACGAUAGUUACGUUUACAAUGCGCGACAGAUCACACGUAGCAAUGGGUCUAAUUAAUCAUAAACGCGUGCCGUUUGCCGGUUCGAACGUUCGACGAAGCUGAUGACAAUUUAAACCACACGCAACGUACAAUCGAUUUAAGAUGUAAACGAUCGAAAGAAAAAGAAGGGUAUAUCGAGGAGAUAAAAUGAUAAUCGACGGAGAGGAAAAUGAAUGAUGAAAGCGUUUGUCGAGCGCCCGAAUAAGCGAACAUCGAUUUAAAAUAAACGUAAAUAAAUUAAAUGAAAACAGAACUCGAAAAUAAAGAAAAUAAUAAAAUGUCCCUCAAAUUAAGCCUCGUCUCGCAGAUUCCCUAAUGUACACCUUGAGCGCUUUAGGAUAAAUCGGAAUAGACUUUAACGAAUCCGCGAGAUGAUGCCGAGGAAAAAACUGCGUGGAUGUACGAAGGAUGACGAGCGGGAAGUACGAACGCGUAGCUGCUAUGUGUGCGUGAAGAAAAUGAUCGGGUUGAGAGAAAGAGAGUGAGAGAACCGGAGAGAAAGGUAAUAAAAUCAAUGUUAAACCGAUCAUUACCAAUUUACAAUUCUGAGAGACACAUCUUCGUUAUUUGCCAUUUCUCUGCAUAAGUUCAACCUCGGUUUUAAACGUUGGACGCUGCCCUCCCGCCAGCAUAGAUCACUGAAUCGACUGAUGCUUGUGUGGAUUUUUUUCUUUUCUGAAGACUUAAGAGCUAAUAAAUUAUUAGAGAUAUUCAAACAUCGGUGCGCAGGACAUUUUGAAUGCAUUGGAAAGUGACCAGAUGCAAGCGUUAUCAUCAAUGGGGCAUCGUCCACACUGAAAUAUACAUUACACACGAAGUCUCAGCGUUUCCGUUUUUUCAAAAUAUCGUGACGGUAGGGACGAGGAGAACAGUCCCGUUCUAUGUGUGUAAGAACCAUAAAGCUUAAUGAAGAACAUUAUACUAUGAACUUACGGGAUACUAAAUAAAAGUAAGCCAAACCGUUAAC